GUAAAUAUUAAUAAAUAAAAUGUCGGAUCAACUAAAACAAAGACUAUGUCUUGUAUGCGGAGAUGUUUCGUGUGGAUAUCACUUCGAAGUACUGACGUGUGAAUCGUGUAAAUCGUUUUUCCGCAGAAAUGCGCUGAAAAAUGCGUGCACUAUAACUGUGAAGAAUCGGAAAAAGUGCAAAAAGUGUCGUUUGGAUAAAUGUUUGGCUGUGGGAAUGAAAAGUAGUUUAAUAUACAAUGAGAAACGCAAAGAAAUCCGAAGACAUAUUGUCGAAGAGAACCGACAAAAGCGUCAAAUGAUAGCCGAGAAGACAAGAGAGGUGGCCGUCGACUCAAACACCAGUUCCCCGUCUGAUCCCAGGAAUAAUGAGACAAUCAUUUCGUUUGACUCUUUAGAUGUGAAUAGUUUUGCCGAAGAGUUGGUCGCCAAUGAGUACACAAAGUCUGACGACUUAUGUGUGUGUCAUAAAAGUAAGACAAUUACCAAUCGGGAGGACGAGUGGCAGCAAACGACCGGUGCUCUCGUGAAGCCGAUCACCGAUACUAGCAAUCAAUUCAAUGAAUUAGAAAGCAAUCGAUUGAUUGAAUUGUUGAAUGCAUUGCAGAAAAUGCAAAUCUAUUCAUUUAAUAUGAUUAAAACAAAGGACCCUACUCAUUUAAGGGACUCGCAUGAGGCCUGGGUCAUAAUUAUGUCUCAGAAUGAGCGAGCUAUACAAGAGGUUGUGAAUAUGUCGAAAUGUCUGCAAGGAUUUAAUAAUCUGUGCGAAAACGAUAGGAUUAUAUUACUUAAGUACUCGUCUAUCGAAAUCGAUAUCUUAAGAAUGAUUAUGUGUUUUGAUUUUGAGCAACAAGCGUUUAGUAUAUUUAUUGUGAGUAUAGAUGAUAAAUCGUAUGUCUGUCCACUGGAUUUGUUCAAACAAAUGCCAAAAUUACCUGAAGAAAUCUACGAACACAAUAAAUCGUUUCUACAAAAUAUGGGUCUGGACUGGGAUUCAGACAAACUUAUAAUUGAUCUGUUGUCAGCUAUUAUUCUGUUUAAUCCCAAUCGACCAAAAUUAAUCAAUGCUAAUAUGAUUAAAUACCAACAAAAUAUAUACAUAUAUCUCCUGCAACGGUGCGGACGAUUUGGAUUAAAAAGGACUAAGAGCCAUGGGAGCAAUUGGUGCUGCCUUAAAUACAUCCAAUUUCAAAUGAUGGGUCUCGUGAUAGGUAUGACCGACAGAUCCAAAUCAUAUGCAUUUGUAGUCAUUGAACAGACACUGAGACUAUUAUCUGUAGAUACCUCUGAAGAGGGCAUUCCUACGGAAGAAUGA